AUGAAUUGUAAAUACCGCUGGUGGGUGCUGCCCGGGGGCGAGGGGCCUGUGCCCGGCGCAGCAGCGCGGGACCCCUCCCGUCUGCCCUGCUCCGCGGAAUUGCUGGAGGAGAACGACCAGCUGAUCCGGUGCAUCGUGGAGUACCAGAGCAAGGGCCGCGCCACCGACUGCGUGCAGUACCAGGAUAUCCUGCACAGAAACCUCAUUUAUUUAGCUACAAUUGCUGACGCGACACCCCCCAGCACGCAGAAGGCUGCAGACUGA